GCCUCAUUCAGACUCGGCAGUCUCGUCCUUCACCCCGCUGUUCCCCGUCAAGUAUCACGCGUCCGACAACCAUGAGCGACUCUGGCGCUGACCGCCCCAACACCAUCAUCACGACCCAUCCCGUACCCCCGGAUCCCUUCGAAGAAUCUGUCUAUGGGCUUAUUCCGGUCGAGUACGAGCCGCCGCCAAAGCAGGAUAUGUACCGCAGCAAGUUUGCGUCGCAGGCCCGCAAGGAGUACUGGAACGGCCUCAAGGCCUCCGCAUCCAUGGGCCCGGCCAAGGUUGGCGUGAACGACCCCAGGGAUUAUCUGAGAAAGGGCGAGCGCGAGAAGCACAAUAAUCCAGCCAAGGUCUAUCAACCCGACCGCAUGAUCCGCAAGGCGCCCCUUCCCGACGAGGCCGGCAAGUUAGCAACCCCCACAAGCAAGAACUUUGUCGUCCAAAACGCCUUGGAAAACAUCAAUUCAGACGCUAAGAAGAACCAUAUCACCCCACCGAGCUAUAAGAGCAAAAAGGACUAUGGCCGUGUGCCGAACUACUUGGUCGACCGAAAGAAGGAGCAGGAAUCCAUUCGACAACGGCAGCUCGAAGAGGAGGAGCUCGAGCUGCAGAAGCAGCAGGGGCAGCAGCAACUCCACCAGUACCAGCAGGCCAACGGCGGCGGAGUCGUGCCGCUGCCCGACGAAGAGCGUCUCAAGAUUCUCGAGGGCCUGAAGCUGAACUGGGAGAAACUCAACUCGGACUACCAGAAGCUUAGUCUGACGGUCGACACUGUUCCCAAGAUCGCCAGAAAAGUCAACAUGGAGCAGCAGCUCAAGAACCUGGAGGCGCACAUUGCCAAGUUUUCAAGCUCCAACAUCUAUGUCAACUUUGACUCGGUAUACUCCCGCUGAGCAGCGCUGAGCUCUCUUUGAUCCCUCGU